AUGUGUACUGGAGCCUGUGCUAAGUUUAUUGCCAUCCCCCUCUAUGUCCUGGCUGCAGUGUCAGUCAUCUGCAACAUUAUUCUCUUUUUCCCUGACUUUGACACAAAGUUUGCAGCUGACGACAGGAAAGGAGAGCCACGGAUCACUGAGGAGGUCAAAUAUAUGGGAGGCCUAAUUGGAGGAGGAAUCAUGGUCCUCAUUCCUGCCAUUCACAUUCAUCUGACCAGCAGUGACAAGUGCUGUGCCAACCGCUGUGGGAUGUUCCUGUCUAUUGGGUUUUCAGCAGCUGGGGUAGUGGGGGCUGUGUACAGUCUGAGUGUUGCUGCCCUGGGCCUCAUGAACGGACCAAUGUGCUUAUGGUCCAAUCCAAACAACCCCAUUCCAACAUGGGGGACGCCCUUUGCCAACAGUUCUGGGAGCUACCUGUCAGAUGACAACAUGUGGAAGUGGUGUCGCGCCCCAGAAAAUGUGGUUGAAUUCAAUAUGGCACUAUUCACCACCCUGUUAGUUGCAGCAUGCUUGGAGCUAGUCCUCUGUUCCAUCCAGAUGGUCAAUGGACUGUUUGGAUGCAUCUGUGGCACCUGUUCCGGCGAGGUGAGACAAGAGCAAACUCAAUAG